AUGGCGUAUCCUGAGGAAGACCCACCAGAAGUAUCAAUCUUACUUCUUGGAGACGCGGGAGUAGGCAAAUCACUUUUCCUUUCUCGUCUUACCCUAGGCCGUGAUGCACCUCCAGAUGCUAAGCUCCCUCGCUUGCGAGAUCUGGACCAACCCUACCCGUUCAACAUAAGGAUGUACAAUCGACCUUACCGUUUCGAAUUCUCUGAUACGGCUUCGCCCACAAACUACACCCUGCUUCGACCAUCCGUCAUCAUCAUGUGCUACUCCAUUGGCGACCCUGAGAGCUUGGAGAGCUUGCAGAAAACAUGGAAGAAUGUAGUCGAGACACACUUCAACUACGAUGAGAGCAUGCCAGUGAUUGUGCUAGGACUGAAGCGGGACGUGAGAAGCAAAGCGGACUAUGGAGGCAACGUAAACGAGAAGAGGCAGUUCGUCUAUCCGCAGGAGGCGCUUAGGAUCGCCCAGGAAAUGAGAUGUGACCGGUACUGCGAGUGCAGUGCUUUGACGGGAGAGCUCUGCCGUGAGGUCUUCGAGGAUAUCGCCAAGACUGCUGCUAUGACGACUACGUCCAAUGGCGGCAAAACGCAAGGCACGGAGUGUAGCGUGAUGUGA